AAAACUUGAAGAUGCACGGAGUUAACCUCUACAAGCUUCUAAUUUACGCAGAUGAUUUUAACAGGAAAUGACGAAAAGGCCAUUAGUAUUGCGCAAAUAACGUCACGAAAGCACGGUGACAUUAAUCCUGAUCAGGGAGAGUCCAAUAUUCGGAGGGGUGCAAUUUCUCAAUUUAGUCUUCACUUCUCUAAAUCGUGCAGUAUGCGCCGGAUCCGUAAAACACGACUCAGAUCUGCGCAUGCCCCCUGCACAUCCCCCUAGUCGGAAGUCCUGGUUUGUUUAUUAAAUUACGACAGUCGUAAACUGAGCCUUCGUGACGACGUCCUAGCCUUACGACGACAACAACUAUGGCGGCUGCCAGUGGUCAAUUUGAAAGUGCGAGGAGUGUUGAAGAGCGUAAAGAACAGACCCGGAUUGCCAGGGCCGAGGUGUUGCGCCAGGCUAAAGCCAAUUUUGAGAAAGAAGAAAGGCAUAAAGAACUUAAACGACUUCGGGGCGAGGACACAUGGGUGCUACCUGAUGUGAAUGAGCGAAUUGAGGAAUUCGCAGAGGAACACUCUGUGAAGAAAAAGAAGAAAAAAGACAAGCAUUCAAAAAAAGUGAAGAAAGAGAAGAAAAAAAAGAGUAAGAAACAGAAGUAUGAAAAAAACAUUGAGUCAACUGAUAGUUCAUCAAGCUCUGAAGAUGAGUGGGUUGAGGCUGUUCCAUCCCAAACUCUUGGCAAGGAAAAAGCCUGGGAAGUGAAAGAUAAAAAUUCAGAAAAAGAAGAAGACAACCAAGUUAUUCAGAGGGACGAGUGGAUGACUUUUGACUUUAUGUGUGUUAAAACUGUGUCAUCAUCAUUACUUAAAGCUGAAAAGGAAACUAAAAAGAAAAUAGAGCAAGAGAAAACCCAAGCCCUUGAACAGUCCAGACUCCUAGAAAGAGAAUUGAAUCCAUACUGGAAGGAUGGUGGGACAGGUCUCCCACCAGAAGACUGUAAUAUGGCAUCAGUUACUAAAGUUUCAGUAAUAGAAGAUGGUGGAUUAAGUUGGCUAAGGAAAUCUUAUCAAAGAAUGAAGGAACAAGCUGAGAAACAAAAUAGAAAUUUUGAAGACAUUGUGGCUGAAAGAUAUGGGUCAAUGGAAAUAUUUCAGUCAAAAUUAGAAGAAGCUGAAAAUAUUUCAUCCAUGAAAGAAGAUUGUAGAAGAGAAAGGUAGAAACCAAUGUAUUCAGAUAAAGCACAAAGAAAUCAAGACAGUAGAAGGUCAGACUUGGUAAAAUAUAAUAAAAAUUCAAGGCAUAGAUACAGUUCAACAGAUAUUACACACAAUAUCAAUAAAGGUAAAUUUAGUGGUGAUGAAAAAGAUAAUAGAUCUGAGACUUCAGAAACACACAGAAGAGAAUCCAGUCAAAGCCAAAAUCAAGUGCUUUCUUCUCUUGGAAAUUUGAGACCUAAAUUCUUAAGACCUGAUGAUGAAGAACUGUCAUUUCAAAGCAAGGGCAGAAAGUUGGAGCCAUCUAGUUCAUCUUCAGCACUGGUUGCUCAGGGUUCUGUGCAUUGUGGUUUUCGAAAACCUGCAGAGAACAGUGACGAAAGUUUAUCAUCAUGGAGUCUCUCUGAUGGAAGAGAAGGAGAAAGGAGACAUUCAAAUCGAAAGCCAUUGAAAAGCAGGCGCAGUGUUGACUCUGAAUGCAUUUCAGGAGAUGUGAGACAAAAGUCACAAGAUGAGACCUUGAGAGAUGACACCCUGAAAGGAGAACAUCUAUGGGACAAAAAGUCUUCAUCUGCUGGGUAUUGUGUCAUUUGUUUUUUAAACUGAUAAAUGAAUAUUAAGGUCCAGAGGAUUCAAAGAACUGAACUAUAUUUUUAGAACAUCAGUUCAUAGGUAUGAGUAAUGGUUCCUGUUAAAUUUUUUUUUUUUUGGACAAGAUUAAAUUUUUAUUAUUCUGAACAUUAGGAAUAUGCCAUACUUUAUAGUGCUACAUUAAAAGAAAAUGCACAUGUGUAUGCAUGCAUACACACAAAUUUAUUAGGGAAAAUUUCUGGAUUGUCUAGACUUCUUGGUGCAUCUCCACAGCAUUAUGCCCCAUUACAUUAAAUUUCUUCCUUUUCAUCAUUUUUAGCUCUUGACAAUUGCUCUGCUUAAUUAACUCAAUCAGUUGUGGAUUACUGCCAGUUAUGUUUGCAGAAACCGUGGCAGUUUAUUAAUUCUCAUAAAUGCCAAAAGAUGACAGAAGCACUGGAGGACUGAUAAUUAAAUGCAUCAUUUAAUUUCUAGCCUAUAAGUGGAAUUUAGCUUGUAUUAGUUUUCAGGUUAUUGGCAGUGUGUAGACUCUGGAAUAGCACCUUCCCUUGAGUCUAGGCGGUAUGUGACCCACAUGGGAAUUCAUGCAUGAAUCAUGGCUAAACUGAUUUUUCCAUUGCCUCUAACAGUGUACACAACAUUGAUGUUUUAUUGUAAACCAUCCAUGAGCAAAAUUUUAAGAUCCUUGAAGAUAUUAUAAUAUCUUGAGAAGUACGUGCCAAAAGUAUCUACCCAGUUAUUAAAUUAGUCAUCAGUACCUAUCUUUGUGGCCACUAUUUUCUUUGCAAUGGGAUAGUCUUAUUUUUUUAGGAAUAGCAAGAGCUAUUUGAAUUCUCUUAGAACCUCCUUGUGUUUAAAUGUCUAGUUUAACCUGGUAAUGUAGCAAAAAUAGCAACAUUACUCAGGUCACAACGGGAUGGUUCACAAUAAAUUGUAUGUGUGGUUACUUUGGUAUUAGGUUUAUUAUAUUAUCUAAAAAUUUUUCUACAGAUCUUAUUUAUUGAUUUAAUUUAGGGUAAAUUAUUUAAGACAUGAAAAAAAUCAGAUACUAAUUUGAUUUAAAUGUUUUUCAGAUAAGGCCAGUGAGAAUUCAAUAUAUAAUUGCUAAGAAUAGUUUCUUUAGUUUCCAAAGCCUAUUCAUGCUUCCUUAGAAAUACAUAUAUAUGUUAUAUUCAACCAAUCAAGAUAUUCUUUUAUCAAAAGAUACUUGAUGUCUAGACAAAUAUUUUACCAGAUCUAUUUGUAUUCCUUGAACUUUUCUGUGCAAAAAAGUUUUGUUGAGAAAAUAAAAGCAAAUUGCAUAAUAGACCUUAACACAUAUUUGACAAGUGUUGGCCUCACAGUUCCAGAAUAGAAACCAACUGAUAAGAUAUGAGAGUCAGUAGAUCUAGCUUAGCAACAUUAUGCUCUUUCAUUGAUUGUACUCCAAGUGUCUGAAGGAGGUGUGCAAUAGGAUUAUGUCAUGCUUGGAUAUAUUGGAUGUGUGUGUAUACAUAUUGUACAAAUAAAUCAUUUAUGUUCUCAUGUA